UCCCCAGUUUCUCCUCCCUCUCCCUCUCUCUCUAUAGAUGUCUGGGAAACAAAUUGAAGAAGUAACAAUCCCACACUCCAUCUCUUGCUUCUCUUUCCCUCUCUGCCUCAGAAAGCCCAAACACCCAAGGAACCCUUCAUUCUACCACAAGUGAAGGUAAAGGAAUCCUAAUUCCAUACUUGGUAUUCUCUGACGAAACUGAGCUGAGAAGAGAGUGCGAUUCUCAGGAUGGGUGAUCAUUUUGUGCUAUUGGUGGAUCGUUUGAUCACUGCAUCGACGCUGGAGGCGGCAAUCCAGAGCCGAAACAUGAGCCAAAUCCAAGUGGCGGACGAGAAAUCGUCGACGGGUUUGGCCACACAAUGGAAUUCCGGCGACGGCGAUGCUGUGUCUGCGGUGCCCAAAUUGGUGGAGUGCCGGAUUUGCCAGGAUGAGGACCAUGACUGCAACAUGGAGUCUCCGUGUGCUUGUUGUGGUAGCCUGAAGUAUGCGCAUCGCAAAUGCAUUCAGAGGUGGUGCAAUGAGAAGGGAGACACCACUUGUGAGAUAUGUCAUCAGCCAUUCAGGCCCAAUUACACAGCACCUCCUCAAAUGUUCCAUUAUGGUGGCAUUCCAAUGAACUUUCGGGGAAGUUGGGAAAUCUCAAGGCAGGACUUGCACAAUCCACAAUUUAUAGCAAUGGUUGCAACUGACCGCAGCUUUUUGGAUUCUGAUUAUGAUGAUUUUACUGUUUCUAGUACAAGAAGUGCGUUAUGCUGCCGUGCUGUGGCUGUCAUUUUCACAGUCCUGCUGCUCCUCAAACAUGCGCUGCCCAUCAUAAUUGGUGAAUCCGAUGAGUACGCAUUAACGAUGUUAACACUAUUUCUGUUGAAGACUGCGGGAGUCCUCAUUCCUGUCUAUGUAAUGGUGCGUGCAGUAAGUAUGUUUUACCGCAGGAGACGGCGUCAGGGGGCUGCAGAUGAACCACUUAGUACAUCUGAAGACGAAGAUGAAGAACAACGUGUACAUGUAAUACAUGUAAGCUAAGCGAAUGGAUUUGCCCCUUAAAAUCAUAGUUUCUCAGUAAGAUGGUCCACCCUUCCCUUUGUGGACCGCUUCCCAGCCGAAAAAGAGGCCCAAGAUUAGUGAGUGUUGGGCUCAACUGGCAGGGUAAGCUCUCUAACAUUCACUCAAGCGAAGCUGUGCGAUUAUGUAAAUAACCGAAUAUCCACAUCGAGAAAAUACACAUGUAGCUCGAAUCCUGUAAAGAUCCCUCCUCUUUAUGUGACAGCCCAAAAAUUUAUAAAAGAAUGCUAUCUUUCUCUUA